GUUUUGAUCGUGUAUCGUGUAGAAUCGUAUCGUAUUCCAAAUAUUCCAAUUUUCAUUUCGCAAUUCACCACGUGCUUUGUGUUUGGUCGAUUCGCAAAUUGUAUCCCACACAUCUUCAACAAGUAAAUAAAUAAAUAAUGGCCGAUGAGGAUUUCGAUGGAGACGAGGUCGCGGAUGAUUUCGAUGAUGUAGACGACGAGGACAACAUUGAAUUGGAGCCUCAGGAAGAUGAUGGUGAAAACAUCGAAUUGUUGAACGCCAACGAAGCUACCGGCGGUGUCCAAAGAUCAAAGAGGAUAACGACUAGAUAUAUGACCAAGUACGAGAGGGCAAGAGUUCUUGGCACAAGAGCAUUACAGAUAGCAAUGUGUGCUCCCGUGAUGGUAGAGUUAGAAGGCGAGACAGACCCGUUGCAAAUUGCUAUGAAGGAAUUGAAGCAACGAAAAAUUCCUAUAAUUAUACGCCGCUACCUGCCUGAUAACAGUUACGAGGAUUGGGGCAUUGACGAGCUAAUUAUAAUUGAUCAUUAAUCUCAAUUCAUAUUUUUCUUGAUAUAAUUAUAUUUAUUAUCUAUACAGAAUAAAUAGUGGUUCCGCGUGGCAAAGUCUCAUUC